AUUUUAUUUUUUAUGAACCGGGCAUGGGAACAAUCUGAUGGGGAUAGAAUAUUGGUUCGAUACAAAAACCUUAGCACUUAGCAGUGGCAGGUGACCCUAGAAAUAGAGGUGUAGAAGGUAGUGGCUUUCACGGUAACUACAGAGAAUAGGAGGUUGGAGAUGGAAUCGGCAGCUGGAAACCCUAAUUAUAUCAUGGUCCCAUCCGCAGGAGCACCCGCGGCGGUUGAGCCACAGUCACAGUUGCCUCUGGCAGUGACAUCAACUCGCAACUGUAAGCGAAAUCUCUUCUCAUUUCCGAGGAGACCAACCCUCAGAGUUACAUCCGAGUUCGACAGUGAAAGCGCAAUCUUCUUCCAUAAAAUUUCUUGCAAGUUGUUGGACAGCCUUGCCAAGUUCAAGUUUUCAUUCAACCACAGUGGCAAAGGCGACAUCUCCGAACCCCAAAUCGGCUUUGUAUCCAAACACCUUAGCCUCCACUACGACCUUGAAGACCAUAAUGCUCUCGUUAAGACUUCUCUCGAUGUUGGUCCCAGAUUGCAACUCACUGCUGCUCACGAUGUCAAGGCUCAACAAGGAGAGGUUACCAUGCUUGCAAACUUCGCCCAUCCUGGCUAUUCACUUCAACUAUCAACUCCAGUUCCAUCCGUUGGAUUGCCGAAAGCAACCUUAAGAUUUCCUCUUGGUGAAGUUUCUCUGCAAGAGAAAGAAGAGGAGGAGGUCAAGUCUUUGUUGUCAGUCAGUGGGAUUCUUAAAGGACAAUUUUUGAGUGGAGUCUGCUCUGCCCAGUACAAAGAUGAAGAAGUGAAAUUAAGAUACUGCUAUAAGGACGACGAAAUGUCAUUUCUUCCAAUACUUUCUCUUCCUUCAAAUGCCCCAUCUUUUGCCUUUAAGCGUCGGUUUGGUCCUUCUGACAAAUUAAGCUACUGGUAUAAUUGUGAUUCCAACUAUUGGAGUGCUGUGUACAAGCGCACCUAUGGUAAAGAUUUCAAAUUUAAAGCUGGUUAUGAUUCAGAGGUUCGCCUUGGUUGGGCAUCUCUUUGGGUUGGAGAUGAAGGUGGAAAAGCUAAAACAGCCCCGAUGCAGAUGAAAGUUCAAUUCAUGCUUCAGGUGCCGCAAGACGACAUCAAAUCUUCUAUUUUGAUGUUUCGGAUUAAGAAGAGAUGGGACUUUUAAGGCUCGAGUGGUGGGGGACUUUACCUGUUUUCUAUGUAUAAAAAAUUGGGUAUCUCGGCUUUGUGCAGUUCCAUGGCGUCGUAGUUUCAUCCCUCCAUAUUCCACAUACUUUUGCAAAAGGUAUUGACCAUUUAACAGUUUGAUACUUCUCCAAGGGAGCUAAUUUCUUAGCUGUGUAGCAGGCUGUAAUUAGCUUCUUGUAACAAUUUUCAUCGUACAAAAAAAAAAUUUGUAAAGAUAAUUUUCCGAUUUAUAAGUUGGCAGAUUAUUGUUA